AUGCUGAGAGUGGAGCAGGUAGUGUUGUCAGCGUGUUGUGGGAGGGUGAGAUGAAGCUGAUAUGAGGUUUGCUGGCCUUUAAAACCAUGUGGAACAACACCCAGCAUGGUGAGAGACCAGGUAUCAAGACUACAGCCUCCUGUGAAGCCAUGGCCUCCAGCCGUCCCCUCCUUUUGUUGGUCCUGUGCAGUCUGACUGUGGUUGAAGCCCAGCUGAAGCUGUUUAACCUGCGGGCCAGUAAACUUCCCUCCAGCAUCCUGGGAACCACAGAUGGCUAUGUCAAGGUUUUCUGUGGCUCCAUCACUCUGGGUGAAACGUCUAUUCGCAACAACAACAAAAACCCCUGGUGGGAGGAGGAGUUCACUGACUUCAAGGCCCAGCAAAAUGACGUCCUGAGGCUCGAGGUUCAUGACAGUGACUUACUCUUCGAUGACCUGUUGGGAGUCUGCCAACGUCAGAUCAAGCUGGGAACCCAUCAGCAUGAAUGCUACCUAAAGAAAGGUGGCACCCUCCAUUAUACCUACAUCCUCGGCUGAGACAGUCAUUAUGUAUACUGUAGAUGUAUCUGACCUUAAGUCGUUACAUGCAGCCUACAAUUCUCUCAGAUUAGCAAUAAACUGUGCUACAACAACCAAA